AAAAUGCGUCGCUAAAAAUUUGGCAGGAUCACGCCUUUGACACCGCCGCCGACACUCGUGCGACUUGUUGAUACGUAAAAGCAUGCUGCUCUCCACCCACCUCACGGAUCACCUCAAGGCGUACCUGACGCUCCUUCUGGAUGCCGAAGACUUGCUGUCGCUCUCACUCGUGUCUCCCACGUGGUACAUCUUUUGCAACGAAGAGCCAUUGUGGAUGAUUCAAGUGCUGCGAAAGCAUCACGGGAACUUUACGUAUCACUUGCCGUCGUGGAAGCACCUAUACUUUUGUCCACGGCCAUCCGCGGCGAUGUCUCGUCCCCCUGCGCGUCCGUCCAUCGCGCUGCCCACGAACGCAUUCACGUCCGACUUUUUGUACCGCCGCUACUGCCGCUGCCACAUGGACAUCUCCUCGUUCACUCCCCCCAGUGUGGACACGCGCAUUCCACGCGUGUCCAUGACUACUCUGACCCCCACGUUGUUCUUUGGCCAGUACGCCCGGCGUCCUGUCAUCUUGACCGACGCGAUCUCGUCGUGGCCUUCGUUUACACCAGGCUCGCCCCAGCAAUGGACGAUCGAGUCGUUGGUCGCUCGCUUUGGCGACGUCGUGUGCCGAGUGACGCACAACCUGGACGUCCAGCCCCCGAUCCGGAUGCCACUCGCCGACUUUGCCGCGUACGCCGCCGCGCAACACGACGAGACACCCUUGUACGUGUUCGACCAGCAUUUCGGCACGACCAUGCCGCCACUCUUGGACGACUAUGCGAUUCCCUCCGUGUUCAACGAAGAUUUGCUCGCGGUGUUGCCGCCAGAAGUGCGCCCAGACUUUCGCUGGCUUGUGGUCGGUCCCGCCCGAUCUGGCGCGUCAUGGCAUGUUGAUCCUGCCAAGACAUCGGCAUGGAAUGCGCUGCUCGUGGGCCGCAAACGGUGGGCGAUGUACCCCCCAGGUCGGUGCCCCCCGGGUGUCACGCUUCUGGAUGAAGACACAGCAUCUCCGGGCACGUCGUCACUCGACUGGUUCUUGCACGUGUACCCUACGCUGUCGGACGACGACCGGCCGCUGGAGAUUGUCCAAGAAGCUGGCGACGUCAUUUCCGUACCCAGCGGGUGGUGGCAUGUGGUGCUCAACCUGGAAUUCAGUAUCGCCGUGACCCAAAACGUUGUCGACUCUCACAACUUGACCGACUUUGUCCAAGACCUGAUCGUCGACGGGUCUGUCGAUCGCGUGCAUCAGCUCCACGCCCUCGUUGCUCCCAAGCACCCGUUGGUUGGGCAUUUGCUCGCCCUUCACUGCAUGCCACUGGACGAAGGGUACCUGCACGAAUCUGCCAUGGUGGAGCAUGCAUUCUCAGACGUCAUGACGUGGCAGCCCCGCAUUCGCACGAUCUUUCACAAACAUCACAACCUCACGACCGCCAUCCAAUCGCAUCUGACCCAUCACCCGUGGACGACUCCCAUCCACCCGCUCACGUCGCGCGUGAAUCCGACGUUCAGCAUCCACGAUCACUUGGUCAUCAAGUGGUUUAGUCCUCUGAAUCGACUCUGGGGCGAAUGCCAUGAAGCCCAUGUGCUCACUGUGGACUUUCCAAAAAGCGGCCGUGAGGAGGUACCUACCACCACCAUAACCACCCAGACGACAACAGCCACCACGUCGUCGACAUUGUUGGGUCGUCUAUUGGAAGCCGCGUUUGAUAUGGAACAACUCGUGUACUCGCUGUUGAGUGCUGCGAAAACAAAGCCCUUAACACCAAAGAUGGUGGCGUCAGGGUACUUGCAUCCCCGGCCCACAGACGACAAAUGGACGUGGCCGUAUGUUGUCACCACGUUCGACCCAGAGCUGGCAUCGCUAGGCCAAGCAGUCAAGACGCACGGCGGACUCACGCGGGCGAGCUGGUCGGCGCUCGUGCAGUGGAUGGGCUGCGAUUGGUUUCCCAUGUUUCACGGGCUACAGGUGCCAUCUCGUCCGGGAGUACUUGGCACGGACAUAUCGAGUUUGCAGUGGUAUAUCGAGUACUUGCAACGGCUUCGAGACGGAUGUUUCACUGUGCAUUCGCAGCAGAACGUCAUGCCUGCGCGGCUUGUCCGUCAACUGGACUCGUACCUACCCCUUCAUGCGUCCAGCCUAGUCACUUCCGACACGCCCGUGGUGCUGCUACAUCAAGACCUCACGGAUGAAAAUAUCUUGGGCUACAUGACAGCUUCUUCGCCAUCAACUACGAGCCCACUCAUGACAGCAUUGGCGUGUCUACCCCCGUUGGAUCGGGCGGCGCUGGAAGGGUACUGCCAAGCGCAUGGUAUUACCACGGUGGCGGAGCUCGUAGCUGUCGAGCCGUGGGCCGACUGCACGGGCGCGUCGGACGCCAGUCGCUGGGUUGUGUUCAGACAAGCUCAAGUAAAACGAUCGAAAACAUUGUUGUAUAUAUAUAUAUGUUUAUCUAGUGCAUACAUGGUAUUCUGUCAUUAUUAUAUAUAUACACGUUUGUCUAGAUCAAGAGUUGUUUGUGAUAUUUUUGUGUUGAUUUGGGUGUAGGUGGCGAAUGCGCUGGCCACAUCGUUUGUGCUACAGCCGGAUGUGUCCAAGGAAGAUGACAAUGGUGACGAUGACAAUGGUGACAAUGGUGACGAUGACAAUGAUCGCAUCGAAUACGACGGUGGGGUGACGUGGACGCCGCGUAUGGUGAUUGAUUUUGCCGACACCAAGACGGGCGAUCCGUUAUGGGAUGUGAUUCCCGUGUUGUUUUCCAUGCUGCAUGGAGACGUGGCGUUGUGUCGCGAGCUGCUGCACACGCCGUACUGGGCCGCAUACGUGGCAGCCUCACAAGCCACCACCACCCGUUUGUGUCGGCGACUAAUGCAGCUCACGCUCCUCCAUCCCAGCCAAUCAGUUGCCGCGCUGUUCCACCACUUCCCCCACGCCAAGACACUGGCCACAUGGGAUGACAUAGCGCAGUUUGUGUUUGGCCCAAUGGUGGCCGACUUGGAAGAAGCGCAACGUGCCAGAAAAUGCACGCGGGGGGACGCCUUGUCGACGGGGAUGGCGGCGCUGUCGGUGGUGACCGUGCCAUGACAGGCCACACCAGUAUGUGAAGGAAUCGUAGAGGUAGUAAGUCGCUAGCUACAUUGGAAAGAGUAGUACGUAGUAAAUAGUAUAUAUAUAUUACACCCCCACAGUGCAAAUCACUAUUAAUACCA